GGAAAAUAUUGGAAACCAAAGAUGAAGUAAAUAUUGCUCAGGCAUAUAGUCUUCAGAGUAGGCAAUACACUUUCUUCUUUUUCGAUAUACAAUUACGAUGGCAUUCGAGGAUAAGGACAAGAGAGAUAUGAAUGAGAAAUUGAUUCGUGGCAUAAAGAUUCACAAAAUGGCCCUACGAUAUUUAAAUGAUAUAAAUCGCCAUUGGGAGUUCACGUUUCUAAUUCAAUGUGGAUUGGUAGUAUUGAUCAUAACCAUCGAUUUUUUACACAUACUUCAUUUGCAUGAGUUGUCUAAGGAAACAUUUUUGAACACUUGGAUAGAAAUAAGUUACAUUAUCUCCUCUAUGUUAUAUAUUUUUAUUAUUUUUUACGUCGGUCAAAAAGUUCAGAACGGAAGUAUGAAAUUUUACAUAACCAUCUGUUCGUUACCAUGGUACGAUUUGCCAAUAAAAUUUCGAAAGAUACUUUUAUUGUUAAUAUUAAAAAGUAGAAAGGAGUCUUAUAUAUCCGUUGGUAAAUCUUACAAGAUGUCUUACGAGUUUUACGCUAAGAUAGUUCGAAUGGCAAUGUCAUAUACUAUGAUGAUCCGAUCUUUGCAAUGACUGUUUUCUUUUUUUUUUUUUUUU